AUGGAGCAGUGUGUGAAGUGUCCAGAGGAUUGGUAUGCCAACGCAGAGCAAACCUACUGCCUGCCAAAAGCUGUGACGUUUCUGGCUUAUGAAGAACCCUUGGGGAUGGCUCUUGUCUGCAUGGCCCUGUGUUUCUCUGCACUCACAGCUCUUGUUCUUGGGGUCGUUGUGAAGCACAGAGAUACCCCCAUUGUGAAGGCUAACAACUGUACCCUCAGCUACAUUCUGUUAAUAUCACUCACAUUUUGCUUUCUCUGCUCCUUGCUCUCCACUGGAAAUCCCAACACUACAACAUGCAUCCUACAGCAGAUUACGUUUGGAACUCUGUUCAGUGUGGCAUUGUCCACAGUGUUGGCCAAAAUGAUUACUGUCCUUCUGGCCUUCAGGAUCACUGUCCCAGAAAGAAGAAUGCGGGGACUGCUAGUAUCCAGGGUACCCAAAUACAUUAUUCCCAUUUGUACCCUUGUCCAAAUUAUUCUCUGUGGAAUCUGGCUAAAGACAUCACCUCCCUUUGUGGACAUUGAUGUACACUCUGAACAUGGGUACAUUACCAUCACGUGCAGCAAAGGCUCAGUCACAGCAUUCUAUUGUCUUCUUGGAUACCGAGAAUCUCUGGCCCUAAGGAGCUUCCUAGUGGUUUUCUUGGCCAGGAAUCUGCCUGACAGGUUCAAUGAAGCCGAGUUCCUGACAUUCAGCAUGCUGGUGUUCUGCAGUGUCUGGGUCACCUUCCUUCCUGUCUACCACAGUACCAAGGGAAAAGUCAUGGUAGCCGUUGAAGUGUUUUCUAUUCUGUCCUCCAGUGUGGGACUGCUAGGGUGUAUCAUUAUCCCCAAAUGCUACAUUAUUUUAUUAAGACCAGACAGAAACUCAAUUCAAAAGUUCAGAGACAGAACAUACACCGAACCAGUUAAUAUUUCUUAA